AUGCGGGGCCACUCGCUCCUCUCCUCGCACCAGCUGACCCUCUCCUCCGCCCAUAUCCUCAAGUGCCGUGGCAGAAUCCGGCCAAUGGCGGUGGCGGCAGUGGCGGCGCCGGCGGUGCGCCACCCCGUCCAGCACUCCAUGCCGCCGGAGAAGGUGGAGGUGUUCAAGUCUCUCGAGGGUUGGGCCGCCCAGUCCUUGCUGCCGCUCCUGAAGCCCGUCGAGAAGUGCUGGCAGCCGCAGGAUUUCCUGCCGGACUCUUCCCGGCCCACCGACGAGUUCGAGGAGGAGGUCCGCUCUCUCCGCUCCCGCACAGAGCGCCUGCCGGACGAGUACUUCGUGGUGCUCGUCGGCGACAUGAUCACGGAGGAGGCGCUGCCGACGUACCAGACGAUGAUCAACACACUAGACGGCGUCCGCGACGAGACGGGGGCGAGCUCCAGCCCCUGGGCAAGGUGGACCCGUUCCUGGACGGCGGAGGAGAACCGCCACGGGGACCUCCUCGCCCGGUACCUGUAUCUCUCCGGGAGGGUUGACAUGCGCAUGGUGGAGCGCACCGUCCAGUACCUCAUCGGCGCAGGAAUGGUGAGAUCUCAUGCCCCGCCCCCCCCAUUUCCCUCAGCUCUCCGAUUUUAGCGGCGAUCCGCUAAAUUAUGCCACCGCCGGCGCCGCAGGACCCGGGGACGGAGAACAACCCGUACCUGGGCUUCGUCUACACCUCGUUCCAGGAGCGGGCCACCUUCGUCUCCCACGGCAACACCGCCCGGCUGGCGAAGGACAGCGGCGACCCCGUCCUGGCUCGGAUAUGCGGCACCAUCGCCGCCGACGAGAAGCGCCACGAGACGGCGUACGCCAAGAUCGUGGAGAAGCUGCUGGAGGUGGACCCCGUAGAAACCAUGCUGGCGAUCGAGGAUAUGAUGAGGAAGAAGAUCACCAUGCCGGCCCACUUGAUGAGGGACGGCCGGGACCCCCGCCUGUUCGACCACUUCUCCGCCGUGGCGCAACGACUCGGCGUCUACACUUCCAGGGAUUACGCCGACAUCGUGGAGUUCCUGGUGGGUCGAUGGGACCUGGAGACGCUGGAGGGCCUCGACGGGCCGGGCCGGCGGGCGCAGGAGUUCGUCUGCGGGCUGCCGCAGAGGAUCCGCAAGCUCUACGAGAGGGCGGAGGAGCGGGUGCGGCGGGUGCCGCCGUGCCCCGUCCGCUUCAGCUGGAUCUUCGAUAAGGAACUCAUGGUGUAG